AUGCAGUCCCAAUCGGCGCAUACGCUGCGGCUACUCCCACUUGCUUUGUAUCCUUCGCACGACGAUGAGACUGUGUCUUUAUCUGUUCUGCGCAAGGCGUGUCGGACGUGGGAGAUAGACUUUUUUCCUGCGUGGGUGCGGACACAAACGUGGAAAGUCUUGCUCGGAUAUCUCUCGCCCGCGAAGCGUACGUGGCAGGAGACUGUGGAGAAGCGCCGUGCAGAAUAUCUGCGGUUCAUGACGGACUUUUCUUCUGAGGCGCACACUGCCGCACCCACGGGCAACAUAUUGAAUCAGAUAUACAAAGACCUAGUGCGCUGCUCCGACGUGGAUGCCGACUUUUACGACGCGCCGGUGCUUUGGCCGCUGGAAACCUUGGGCACUCCUGAUGCUGGGACACGGCAUGCAGUGUUGGAGCGCCUUGAAUCCGUCAACGCAGAGUAUGCCAACUGUGCCGAGCGCGAUCGCCCGCGGAUUCGUGCAGACAGCAACGCGCCGCUGCGCUACGUUGACCGGCAGUGGCAUUCCAUGUUCCGUAUUCUGUAUUUAUACGCGGUACUGAACCCGAGUGUGGGCUAUAUCCAAGGCAUGAACGAAGUACUGCACGUUUUCCUCCGCGCCGCGUUCCGUACGCGCGACUUGCAAAUCCUGGAUACACCCGCCCAAGAUGCAGAGCUGCUUGGCAUCGGCAAGACUUGCUAUGCAGAAGCCGACGCGUUUUGGUGCUUCUCCCUGCUCAUGGGUGAGCUGCGCGAGCUGUACGACUUUGGGCACUCGGAUGCGUCUACGUUUGCCGCGAUGCGCCAACUCACCGACGCAUCGCCAGCGUCGCCGCAACUGCGUAAUAAUGGCAUGGCACAUGCCCUCUUCAGCUUCAGCGAGCGAUUGCACAUGCUGGAUUCCAGACUGGCCGACUUUCUAGACGAGCAUGGGCUCGAUCCGCGCCUUCCGUACUACUCUUUGCGCUGGCUCGCGUGUGUGUACGCGACGGAAUUUUCUCUGGACGGCGUCAUGCUUCUCUGGGACGUGCUUUUUGCCGAAACGGUACAGGGCCAGACCGAUAGGCACGGUAAGAUUGCCAUGUUACUGGACGUGGGCUGCGCAAUGCUCUUGCACAUUCGCGGCCAGCUGUACCAAGCCGCAGUGCCGAGCACGGACCGCCUGUCCAUGCCGUCAUUUCCAGGCAGCUACGACUCGCCGCGCGACGAGCAUCCGCCUUUGGACACGUUCCAGCGGAUUAUGCAGCUCUUGCAGUCGUACCCCGAAAACAACGUCCGCACGAUCCUUGGCGUGGCGCAAGGAAUCCAGCAGCAUGCGGCAGCGCAACAUACCCAGGCGACACUCCCUCGCGAUGCUGUAGCGCGGCGUGCGCCCCAAAAGCCAGCAUGCCGCGCUAGCCGAGGCACGCCGCUCCAAGAGCGACUCGCUGCCACCGUGCAAAAGUCGCUGCACACACCGCCGCUCCGCGCCGCAAGCUUUCCUCCUCCUCCGCCCGAUCCUUCGUCGCCCAUGUCACCGAUCGGGAGCGGCGCGUCGUUCUUGCGCAAGUACACGGAAGCAUUUCAAAGCAGCGACGCUGCUGCGAGCAUGUCGAAAGCGAGCACCAACCUUGCCGCGAAAGCACUGGCAUGGCGCAGUCGACCGUCGCGCUCAGUCUCGGACCAAUAUGCAUUUACCACGCCAAAAGAGGCGCACGAGCAUGCCGUCGAUUCGCCGCAACUGCCUGCGCCGAGCGUGGUGGAUGGGCCGGAAGACCGCGACGCGUACAAAACGCCGCUACACAAGGCCACGGCAGAGUGCGACUCGCUUAGCCAAGCGCCGUCUGUCGGGCCCAUCCACUUGACGCUGCCGAGCAUGCGCGCCGCCGCCGAGCUCGGCAUUGUGACGGCGCCUGGGAGCGAUGCAGCCAGUGCGACGCCUCCCUUGGCCAAGCCCAGCGGUCUUUCGCGAUGCAUCCCGUCGGGCACACGCGACCCGCCAAAACCGCUGCCGAGUGUGCCUUUGCCAGGCGUCGAGCGAGGGACAAAGUCCCAUCGCGGCACGCUGGACUCGACGAAUUCCUCGGGCAAUGGCCCGGCAGCAGAGCACCUCAACGCGCUCCUCGCGGAAUUCAAGAGCACGGAAUGGAUCAAGGACAAGUAG